GAGCAGAGGAAAGGGGGCGAGUACGGAAGCAGAGGGAGGGGUUCACUGUCACUUUGAACAGCAGCUGCUGGUGAAUUCAGUAAGAGGAGAAAAGUGCCCUCCUCUACCUCGGUCUCGAUCAGGUUUCUCUGCUGAGUGUUUGCACAGAGGUGUGUUGAAGGAAUGAGAGACGGCUUCCUGCUGCAAACUGAAGUGUUCCUGUAUUCUUUCUUCUAAACACCUUCUAUCCAAAGGCAAAGAUGGAGCGUAUGGAGGAUGAUAAGCCGAAGAAGAAGUUGACCUUUUACCUUUUCUACUGCGUUUCGACAGCGGUCAUUGGCUCGCUUCAGUUUGGCUACAACACCGGGGUCAUCAAUGCACCUGAGGAGAAACUGCGCAGGUUUUUCCACAAUGUGUCGCUGGAGCGCACAGGGGAGCCUUUCAGCCCAGGGACCAACACCAUGGUGUGGAGCUUUGCUGUUGCCAUCUUCAGCGUUGGAGGCAUGGCGGGGUCUUUCUCUGUCGGAGUGUUGGUCACCAAAUUUGGCAGACGUAAAUCCAUGCUGCUGGCCAAUGUUCUGGCUCUGAUUGGCGGGGGCUUCAUGGGACUGUCGGCUCUGUGUAGAUCUUAUGAGAUGAUCAUCAUCGGCCGCUUGAUCAUCGGAGUGUUCUGCGGUCUGUGCACCGGACUGACGCCUAUGUACGUGGGCGAGAUCUCUCCCACUGCUGUCCGAGGAGCCUUCGGCACACUGCACCAGCUGGGUGUAGUCCUUGGCAUCCUGGUGGCACAGAUCUUCGGCCUGGAGUUCCUUCUCGGCUCUGACAACUUAUGGCCUCUGCUGCUGGCCCUCACCAUCCUGCCGGCCAUCCUGCAGAGCAUCAUGCUGCCUUUCUGCCCUGAAAGCCCCCGGUACCUGCUCAUUGUCCUCAACCAGGAAGAGGAGGCAAGAAAAGCGCUAGUGCGUCUGCGCGGCUGUGAGGACGUGAGCGAUGAUAUUCAGGAGAUGAAAGAAGAAGGGAUCAAGAUGGCGAGGGAGAAGAAAGUGUCCAUCCUGGAACUCUUCCGCUCCCCAAACUACCGCCAACCAAUCAUCAUCGCUAUCGUCCUGCAGCUCUCUCAGCAGCUGUCUGGUAUCAACGCUGUGUUUUACUACUCUACAAGUAUAUUCGCCACAGCUGGUGUUUCUCAGCCCAUCUACGCCACCAUAGGAGCUGGAGUUGUCAACACAGUGUUUACUGUCGUCUCUCUCUUCCUGGUUGAACGGGCGGGACGAAGGACGCUGCACCUGAUUGGUCUGGCUGGAAUGGCCAUUUUUGCCGUCGUCAUGACGAUCGCCCUGUCUUUAGGGGUGAGUGGAAAUGAAAAAAACAGCGUUCCCGUUGCUCCCUCAUUAAAUCUCGUCCUCACUCUCUUCGUUUCUCUCUCUGAGCAGCAGACAACCCCGUCUCUGAGCUACCUGGCCAUUGUGGCUGUGUUUGGCUUUGUUGCCAGUUUCGAGAUGGGCCCAGGUCCGAUUCCCUGGUUCAUCGUGGCUGAGCUCUUCUCCCAGGGGCCCCGACCUGCUGCCAUGGCUGUCUCUGGUCUCUCCAACUGGACCGCCAACUUCGUGGUGGGGUUGGGUUUCCCUAAGCUGGCGGAACUGUGUGGUCCUUACGUCUUCAUCAUCUUUGUGAUCUUCCUCAUCCUGUUCUUCAUCUUCACCUUCUUGAAAGUGCCUGAGACCAGAGGAAGGACCUUUGACGACAUUGCUCAGGGAUUCGCAGCGAAGCCCUCCGUGGAGCCUGAGGCGGUGAUCGCCGGCCUGACGGAAGGCAAAGAUCCUGCCCCCAUGUCCCCCACCGACAAGGUUCCCAUGGUGAAUCUUUCUUAGAGAGGAGAAGGUACAAUACAGACACAUUGAUAUCGUAAGGAGCUAUAUUUCAUAACGUGGGCAACUAAAAACUUAAAGAUUGAACAUUUACAGAUGCUAAAUUCACUGAUUGAAUUCUCUCUAAUCCCCCUUCAAACAUGGGGUCAAACUUCACUGAAUUACUAGUACUUAACAUUUGUUGACAUCCCCGCUGCCAGCUCAACGCAUACUGCCUUAAAAGAGGAUCAACAUAUGUUGAGUGUUAAGUCCCGGGUCUCCGGCUACCACCAGUGUUAAAAGGUUGUGGGAUUUGGGGGGGGCGGGUAAGGGGGUUACGUAUUGAGGUCAAGCUUGAAAAGCCGGUUUUGCAGCCCGAUAGUUUGACCUAAAAAAAAAAAAACACUGACCCGCUGUCCUGUCUGCCUGCCUGAUGUGCUUUGCUGCCAGCGGCAGGGAGUUUUCUUCAAUAGACGGAAUAAAUAUAGAGGUGUUACAAUAAGUCACUCUCCCUUUCAGGUGAAUAAAAAAAAGUAUAGACUUAAAAUACAUAUAUUUAAUGAUGUAAAAAAAUAUAUAUAUAUUUCUCCUUGUCCUUUAGAAUCCCCUGAGAGUUUAGGGUUUGUGUUUUGAAGUAAUGAAAAUAAUAUGACUUUUCUAUAAAUGAGUAACGUCUGCUUUUAAGAAUUUUAUUUGUAUGAUGACAAGGUGUAGUUCAGCUCUAAAAAAACAUGUCGUCGCCAGCCGUUUAUGCAUUUCAGCAGUUGGGUACCAAAACUCAGGUGGCUUAUUCUUUAUACUCUGCUUCUAACUGUGUGCAUCAUCACUGCUUCAAGCUCUCUUGACAUCAGCAUGUGGUAGUAAGUUCUGCACGGUCAUGCAAUUAAAUAUCUCACAACCUUUAAAAUAGUGUUACGUCAAAUCAAAAGUGGUCAUCAGUAUUGUUUGAGCGAUGCAUUUAACACAAUCACAAUUGCACUGAUAUUUAAUUAUUAUCAACUCUCAUGCAGCUCUAAACAAGAUAUUGGCAGUGAGGUGAAAUAUAAACACUAAAUCAAUUAUAUUUCUAACACAAAAAAAAUCUCUUUGUUUGUAGUUUUCUAAUAUCAUGUGUAAAUAUUUUAGAAUCUCCAGUUACUGCAUCACGGCCAACGAUUACAGUUCAGUAUGCAUGCUUAUAAAUGCUGUGUCAUUGUUUGUACAAGUGCACCUUUGUCUUUCCGCACACUCUUAAGGAAGCACUUUUCUUUGUUCUCAUCAGCGUGUUAGUUUUGCACUUUGACAGUCGGACUACUUUCUAAUGAUAGUUUAUUCUGUGUGUGGCUCUCUGUAAAUAUACUGUACAUGUUAGGAUGUGUACGGUGUUUUGUUGUUAUUUGUGCCUUAUAACACUGUUUCAUUGUAUAUCCACUGAUUGUCUUGCACUGUUAAUGUGGUGGAUGUUUCUCAACAGUAAACAGAAGUGCGAAGUCACAUGAGAGAUAACCUUUACUGCCCUCUGUUCCUCCUCUGUACUAGUACGGGCGACACUUGCUUUGAGAAACUAAAAAGGAAAUUGUCUUUUAAGGGAAUGUUAGUCCUGAAUCACGAGCAUAACGGUCCGUGAUGCUACGAGUCAAAGCAAUGAAUGUUUUAUGUAAAUUCAGCCUCUCUGCCUAAGUGGAAGUGUGAGAGGUUUGUCUGGUAUUUCGUCUGGUCGACACUUGCACACUGCGGUAACUCCAUUUCCUUUUUCUGCAAAACCUCAGUCAGCUGUACAGUUACACAGAGCUGGGCAACUUGAAACACUGAAAUAAAGCCAUAAGUGGAAAAGCAGA